AUGGAUGAAAUUUCAAUGGUAUCUUAUCAAAUGCUGUGUAUGAUUGACGCACGAUUAAGACAACUUAAAAAUCAUGAAGACGAGUUCUUUGGAGGCAUAAACGUUUUACUUUUUGGAGAUCUGUUACAACUGCCUCCAAUCAAACGCUCCGGAGCUCCUGUUUUCAAACAGCCCGAUCAUCUCCAACCAGCCACACAUCUAUGGCGUUUGUUCACGCUCUGUGAGCUGACGGAGAAUAUGCGUCAGCAAGGGGACCAUACUUUUAUUGAAAUACUAAAUGCUUUGAGAAUAGGUGAGCUAACCGCUAACCAUUUUAGUAUUUUGAUGCAAAGAGUUAUUCAAAACCCAAGUGAUGAGUUUGCAACAGACAAAGCGUUAAGGGUAUACACUACUAAUCAGCAAGUAAACAAUCACAACGCUGCUGUUUUAAAUCUGUUCCGGAAUAAGGGAUCUCGAAUUUAUACCAUUAAAGCACAGGACCAAUUAAUUGACGCCACACGAAAUACAGAUACUUUAAAUUUAGCAAAUAUAAUACCAACAGAUAUAAAUAAGACUGGAGGCUUACCAUCAGUACUUGAAAUAUUUGUAGGAGCAAAAGUAAUGUUGCGGUCCAACAUUGACGUUACAAAAGGAUUGGUAAAUGGUGCUACAGGCCACAUUACAGAAAUUGUUUGGCCUCAGUUCCGUCGAACCCAAAUGUACGAAACAGAUGUACCAUCAGUUUGGAUUGACUUUGGCAGAGACGGCAUACAGGUUAUACACCCGAAAGCCAUUCAGUUUCCAGCAAAAUUCAAUUAUGGUACGGCUGAAAGAAGGAUGUUACCCUUAAUUUUGUCAUGGGCAUCCACCGUCCAUAAAAUGCAGGGCAGCACAGUCGACCUUGCAGUAAUGUAUUUGGGCUCAAAAUUGUUUGAGGAAGGGCAAGCAUACGUGGCUCUAAGUCGAGUCAAGUCUCUGGAAGGGCUAUGUAUUGAGAAAUUAGAUUGUAAUAAAUUAUCAGAGGUCGAUUUAAAACCCCAUUACACGCUGUUUGCAGAUGAUACCACCAUUAGCUCGGUGUAUAUGGAUUUGGAGAUGGUGCAGAAUGCAUCCAGCAGAGCCUGUGAAAAAGCGGAGGGUGUAUACUUGGACAGGGGUUUGCUCUGGAGAGCACAAGUUGAUGAGUUGUGCAAUAAAUUAUCCACUAACAUCUUUGUUCUAAGGAAUUUGAGACACUGUGUUUCUGGUUAUAUUUUGAGACAAGCAUACUUUGCUCUAUUCCAUGCACAUAUGAAGUACGCCCUGAUUGUUUGGGGUCAUAGCAGUGGAGCCAAUAGAGUCUUUGGACUACAAAGAAAGGCAGGUCGAAUAAUCUUAGAUACACCAUAUCAUUAG